GUUCGACUCCAUCCCAUCCCAGCACUCGGAACAGCGGAUAAAAGUAUAAAAUGAACAUGCUGGUUCUGGUUGAACCGCCUUGCACAUUUAUAUCAUGCCUGAAUUGUGAAUUUCCCAAGUCACAGAGGACUUGGUGCACUAGCAAACUACCUAUGCAUCUUCAUAGGGAAGCCGCCGCACCGAUACUUCAAACUACUAACUGCUUGUUUACUUCUACUCGCCGCUCUGUUCGAAUGCAUCCAAGCUUGACUACUCGAGCCAUCCACGAUGAUCUGUUCGAGGUGACAACGGGGCCAUUUAGCACCACUGUUGGUUUUUGGGUCGUCACAAGUGGCCGUGUUUGAGAUUCGACUGGGAUGGCUUCACUCGGGCCAAGAAGGAGACCACAGCUUCAGCGGGAAGAUCUGAUAGGUUUUUAAUCCAACCAAAUCCAGCCCAUCCA